GAGGGUGGGGGUUUCCUGCACUUUUCCAGUGGAAGCUACCCUAUGAAAAUGAGAAACCAUAGAGUCUAUGCAUUAUUGAAGAACGAGGAGGUGGCGCCGAGUUGGCCUCCCCUGCCUUUCCGCGGGGCCUGGCAGUGCCACACAGACAGGGACGGAAGUCGCAGGUGGCAGAGGCACGACGGAGCUCCAGCCCCAGCAAUGCCAGGCUCUCUCGCAGGGUACCAGCUAACCCACGCGAAGCUGGAGGGAGACAACAUGGAGGUCAUGACCAGAGUGCCGACCUGGCUGCCGUCUCACCUUGAGGGGCAGAGGGAAGAGAAGAGGGGAGAGAGUCGAGACGGACCAAAGGAUGUCAGGGAGUGUGUAUUCCCACCAAUUAACCUAUCCCAAAGUCAGAGAGGAGAGAAGGAUGACCAUGCAGUCCUCAUGCUGUAUGAGCAGCAGAGAAAGCUGGAGGACAACAGGUGCCUACUGGCUGAGUUGGCACGCAUUGAACAGGAACUACGAGAGAGCCUACAGCGGGAAGAGGAAAAGCAGAGGGCUCUCAAUCAGGUCCGGCAGGAGGAGAACCGCCUGCGGUGGAAGAACCUCUGUUUCCUCAGCCUCAACCAGAGAACGGCAAAGCCAUGGGUCAACAGCUACUACAAAAACAUUCCUAUGCACAUCUACUGUCUUCCCAUCAAGUCACUCGCUCACAAAAACAGCAAGAUGAAGAGGAAGAAAUGGAGGAAGUAAACGGGAUGGCAUAGAGUAUGGACAAAUAUAGAAAUUGUGGUUUUGAGUUUUUUGUAUAUUUCUGUUCAUAUACAAAUAGCGAUGAUGGAAAGAUGUCAUGGCUUUACUAACACUUUGAAAUGGACAACAUUUUUGUCUGCUGAUUUUUUUUCUGUUUAAGUGGUGAAUGAAAUACAAGUGAUUGCUCUAUAAAGGGUUUUGCUCAGAUUAA